GUGUCAUUCAGGAAACCGUGAGACAACACAUUCCUCAAUCAAAUCAAAUACCCAAAUAUCCCAAAUACCUUCUUCGUCUCCAAAACCCUAAUUUCCCAAACAACUCUCCAAUGGCGGCAAUCAGUUUACGUAAGGGAAACACAAGGCUCCCACCGGAAGUAAACCGAGUCCUCUACGUCCGCAACCUGCCAUUCAACAUCACAUCGGAGGAGAUGUACGAUAUAUUCGGAAAAUACGGUGCAAUUCGUCAAAUACGAAUCGGAACCAACAAGGAUACUCGCGGCACUGCCUUCGUCGUCUACGAAGACAUAUACGAUGCGAAAACUGCUGUGGAUCAUCUCUCUGGGUUCAACGUUGCGAAUCGGUACCUGAUUGUGUUGUAUUAUCAGCACGCGAAGAUGAGUAAGAAGUUUGAUCAGAAGAAGAAGGAAGAGGAGCUUACGAAGCUUCAGGAGAAGUAUGGUGUUACUGCUAAGGAUUUGAAGUGAGUUUAAUGUUUUAGGGCUUCUAAUUGUGAGUUUUAUACUAUCCUUUGGUGAUUAUGUUUGUAAGAUUAUGAAUAGUAUGAAUUUUAAUGCUUCAAUCUUCUUAUAAAUGUAAGGUUUAUUGUUGUUGAUUGAUU